AUGAGGGAUAAACGCAUCGGCAUCCUUGCCGUCCAGGAAACACACCUAGACAGGAACUACGUAGCGGAUAUACAUGAACUAUAUGAAAAACGACUAAAAGUCCUAAACUCACCUGACCCCUCCCGUGCCACUGCAUCAGCAGGUGUUGCCUUCAUAUUGAACCGUGAAAUAACAAACACGGCUGACAUUACCUUUACUGAAAUUAUACCGGGCCGAGCCGCCCUUCUGACCACAAAAUGGCAUAAGUCGGAACAAUUCUCCAUACUAAACAUCUACGCACCGAAUGACUAUGCCCAACACGCACCAUUCUGGUCUACCAUCCAAUCAUACUGGACAGACAACAGCCUACCCCAACCGACCUUCAUGAUGGGGGACUUCAAUAUAGUUGAAGACCAAAUUGACAGAUCCCCACCACAUGCUGACCCGCCUCAAGCGACCAACGCCCUCCGAGAAACAAGACUCACCCUCAACCUGGUGGACGCAUGGCGUAUUGACCACGCAAAUGAGCGGACAUUCACCUACCACAGCCACCAAGGCCGACUAUCUCGCAUAGACAGAGUCUACACACAGAGACAACACCUCCCGAGUAUCCGCAACUGGGAAAUAUCAGCAUCAGUCGUCCCAUCCGACCAUGCUCUAACCACAUUCCGAUAUGCACCGGUCAACUCCCCGUACAUUGGGGAUGGGCGCUGGACCUGGCCGCUUGGCCUGAUCCGCGACAAAGACCUAUUGGACAAAAUAAUCGAAAUAGGCGCUGUGUUACAACUGACACUUGAAGACCCUACAUUCAUGCGCUCGGAUACACAUAAUGUACAACGCCUAUGGCAAGACUUUAAGAUAACUAUGACCAAAAUUGCAAAGGCACAUGCAAAACUCACUCUUGCUCGUAUUACACACAAAAUCAAAGCCCUUGAGCACGACCUUAAGCAUACCCAGAACCACCCUGACCUUGACACCAACGAAGAUUUGCGCAUUAACGCCGCUCUCCUUGAG